AUCAGGGCCUUGAUUAACCAGUGAUUUGAAGAACCAAGUUCGAAAAAAAAAACGUAUACGUUUUUUCUUGUUGUGUUUUUGGUUCAUGAGGUGUAUGUUUCCUCUUUUAGGCUUAGUGCUAGGAGACUUUGGCUCUGGUGAUAAUGGGGAUUGAGCGGGACACAAACGCUUCGGUAUAGAUCACUGGCUAUGGUUUAUAUUGAAUUGUUUCGUUAAUGCGCGUGAUGUAUAACACACGCUUUGACUGAAUAUUAUUUUACAUUCAUUUAAAAAAAUUGCUACGUUAAAACCCGUUUUUAUCAUCGGUUUUGGUCAGUUCUCUCUAGUUUAGUGGUGUAAAAGAUUAUCCUUCGUAGUGGUCUAAGAGUACAGUGAAAUUUGAUUAGAUAGUUUAUGAUCCAUAAACAUGUUGCUAGGUGAUAUUAGAUCGUUUUAUUGUCAUGGUUAAAUCUUUAAUGAGGUAAUUUUUUUUGGUAAUCAUGUUAUUAGUGAAUGGUAGAGAAAGAAAAACACGUUCAAAAGGUGUUCGAGACUGAAGACAUGUUUGACUUUUAUCAAUUUGACCAUUACCGUGUCGCCACUUGUCACCUCUCUCUCGCACCAACUGAGUGAUGAUUGAUCACAUAGCAUACAACACUCCGCCUUCUUCUUCUUCAUCCUCUUUACUUCCAAAACUCUAAACCCUUUCUCGGAACCUUCGAAAGAUCAGAUCUUUUGGUUGGAUCAAUAAUAAAAUGUCUCUAUCCUUAAAAAUCUCCCACCUUUCAAACACCCUAGAGCCUCGAGAUCAAUGCAGAGCCGGUCGAACGUUUGAAUUCAGCUCGAUUUGUUUCCGUGGAGGCCAUUGGAGCACGGAGAUGUUUUCUCCGAAACUGAGAACUCGGUGCGCGGGAUCGGAUGCGGGAAUCUCCGGCGGCAGAUCGGUGCCGGAGUGGACGUAUACAGGAUCCAAAGACGAGACCUUUAGCGAUUUGGAGAUCGACGACGAUGGAAAUGGAGAUAGUGGUGGUAACAAUGGAGGCGGAGGAGAUGAUGAUGGAGAGGAGGAGGAGGAGGAGGAGAAGGAGUUUGGUCCGUUAGUGAAGUUGGACGAAGUUAUGAAAGAGACGGAGAGGAGAGGAAUUGCAUUACCGGAGGAUAUGUCGGAGGCGGCGAAGUCUGUUGGGAUUCGGAAACUCUUCCUUCUUCGUUAUCUCGAUCUUCAGGGAUCUGUAUGGCCGCUUGGGUUUCUGAUGAGGACAUGCACCAUGCUUCGUAACAGAAUGCUUGCGGAUCCUUCGUUUCUCUUCAAAGUUGGAACCGAGAUAGCGAUAGACUCUUGCUGUGCGACGUUUGCGGAAGUGCAGAAGAGAGGGGAAGAUUUCUGGUCUGAGUUUGAGUUGUAUGCUGCUGAUCUUUUGGUUGGUCUUGUGGUUGAUGUUGCUUUGGUUGGGCUUUUGGCUCCUUAUGCGCGUAUCGGGAAGACAUCUGUGGUAUCAUCUACAGGUUUGUUUAAGGGUCUUAAACGUUCUUGUGCAGCUCUUCCUAGCAGUGUUUUUGAAGCUGAAAGACCGGGUUGUAAAUUCUCGGUUAACCAGCGGAUUGCAACUUUCUUCUACAAGGGCGUCUUGUAUGGUUCGGUUGGAUUUGGCUGCGGUCUCAUUGGUCAGGGAAUUGCAAAUAUGAUCAUGACAGCAAAACGGAGUAUAAAGAAAUCAGAAGAAGACGUCCCUGUUCCACCUCUAUUCGAAAGUGCUGCUCUCUGGGGUGUGUUCCUUGGCUUAUCUUCCAACGCACGUUACCAAAUCAUCAACGGACUUGAGCGCGUCGUGGAAGGUUCUACGGCAGCCAAACGCAUUCCUGUGGUCGCCAUGGCGUUUACGGUUGGAGUCCGGUUUGCUAACAAUGUUUAUGGCGGUAUGCAGUUUGUUGAUUGGGCUAAAUUAUCUGGCGUCCAGUAGUUAAACCGGCUCGGUUUUAUCACGAACCGGUAUGCAAACCAGCCUUAGCGUGUUAUUGAAUGUCGUUAGUGAUUACUGAUUAGGUUAUUUACCCAGAGCUGGUUCAUUAUUCGAACCGGAUUCGUCUAACCGGACUACUCAGAACGAACCGGAACAAGACUUUCCAAUUUCCUUAGCAGUAUGCAAUAAUAAUGACGGUUUGUAUCAUUUAAUAGGAAAACUAAAACGUUUUUUCCAUUUUUUGAUUUAGUGUAAAAAAGAAAAUUUCCAUUUA